AUGCGCUCACCAUCAUCUUGGAUGAUGACAUGGGUGAUGCUUUCGAUUAUUUCGUAUUUUUUUAUCGAGCAUCAAUUUGUAUCCAUCGGAGCUCUGACCAUAUCAACAUACGGCUUGUUUAGUACUACGAUUAAAGCAAUAACGGCAAAUAUGUUUUUGGGCGACAGAGGAGGAUUUCCAGAGCACACAUUAAAUGUACCUGACUGUAUUCUUCAACUGGACCUAAAUCAAUCGAUUCUUUAUUCUAAGCUUAGACAUUUGGAUAGCAUGGUUCACGAAGAGAAGUUUUUGCAUGCUUUAUGUUCUCGAUUGCUCAAUCUUGAAACUCUUAAUAUUUUUCUUGUGACAAAUGACCUUGAAAUCGAAGAUGAUUCUCUUCUUACUGGCAAGUUUGUGAGCCUUGAAAUAAUCACGGAGCAAGAUAUAGACGAUGGAGUCCACUACAGCUAUCUGAAGUGCAAAGCUAAGGAAGAAGUUGAUCACAUUAUGGUUGUGGCACUACCUCAUCUACGUUCUGCUUCAAUCAAAGGUCAUAUUACUACAUUCGGUCGACUCAACCCUCUUUUUCAGUUAACAUCAGCCUCACUCGACAGUAUUAACCUAAAUAUUAAGCUCUUGGCAAUCGUUGAUCCUAAUCAAAUCAAUGCGAUACCAGCACACAUCAGAUUCAAUUAUUGGAUAGCCUACGAUAUCGAACUUCCUGCAGAUUUCAAUUGGUCAACAUAUAUCGACGCGUUUACUCAAAGACCAGCACUUUGA